AUGUCGACGCGACCGGCCGUCUUGUCCCUUUACCGACGCUCCUUGAAGCUCUCGCUCGACUGGGCUGUCAAUCGGCAGUUAUGGCGCGGCCAGGCCCUCUACAUUCGCUCCCUGUUCGAGAAGAACCGCGACGUACACGAUCCUAGACAUCUACGGGUGCUUUUGAAAGAGACGGAGAAGCUCCUGGACCACUGGAAGCAUCCCGAUCCGUUCGCUCACCCACUUUCUCCUGGAGGCAAGCAGUCAUUCACUUGCGAUCAAGCACAGCGAGAAGUCUUACUAAUGAAAUUUCAGGCUCAAAAUACGAGAGAAACCUGCCCGCUCACAUUGUGGACGCUCCUCCGCCGUUGA